AGCAAGAGGGAGAGAGAAGAAAAAAAGCUUAAUUAAUUCAGGCUGAAUGGGAGGGAGGGAUGUUGCUGCCUCUGCCGGGGCUCCAGUGCCUCUGCUGUGCCUCUCUGUGUAGCUGGAGCUGUGCUGUGUAGCUGGAGCUGCCUGUUUGUGUUGUAAGGGGGUCCGCUGCGCUGCUCACGGGGGAAGGAAAAGCAACUCAUGCCCCGGGCAGCUUGGAACGGACUGCCUAUCAACCCAUACUGAAGGAAGGAACACACACACACAGACAGCACCACUACUUGGAUGGGCAGAGGUCAUUAUAGGUCAUUGGUGCAGCAGACCUGCUAAGGGACCCUGUGUUAACUGACUGUGGACGUAUCACUUCCUGCCAGAGAUGAGGGGAGCAGCUUGAGUCUGUGACAUCAGAGAGAGGGCGAGACCUAGAGACCUGCCUCUGGCUGGACCUCCAUAUCACAUACUGCCCAUCCUUAUCCCCCUUUCCCCACCCCACCAUCUCUGGCAUCUGUUUCUGCCACCACCUCCACUCACUUGGAAGGAUCUGUGAUGACAGUUAACCUCCUCAGCUCUACCUCACUUCCCCUCACCACCACCCCCACCACCCAGGAAUAACCAGCCCUAGAACCUCCGUACCCUGAGAGGCACAUCCACAUUCACUACCACCCUCCCUCACCUCCCCCCAGCUGGCAUCAUGAUGGGAGAUGGAGUUGGGAACUGGGAGUGUCUGAGUCCGUCUGAGUUCGGUCAGCUGCAGCAGUACAGCGAAUAUUCCACCAAGAAGCUCAAGGAUGUUCUGGAGGAGUUUCACGGUGAAGGAGUCCUCUCCAAGUACAAUCCUGAGCAGAAGCAAGACGUUCUCAACCAACCCAUAGACUAUGAUGGUUUCCAGCUCUUCAUGACCACCUACCUGGAGAACGACAUCCCUGAGGAGCUGUGUCAGCACCUGUUCACCUCCUUCAAGAGCAAGACAGGGGGCUGCUCUCCUGAGGUGCCCCGCGCUGGAGCAGGACUGCUGGAGCCGCGUUCCAUUGAUGCAGGCAUCUCUAUACAGACUGAAGUGGCCUGUGCCCCCAUAACAGGAAUGAAUGGGAAGAGCAUCCUGACAGCAAUGGGCCGGCACACGCCAGAGCAUUCCAUUGUGAUGGCCACAUGUUCAGGUGCCAUGUCCACCUCUCCCUGCUCCUCCCGUUCCUCCUCACAGCGCUCUGGGACAGGGGCCCACACGCCCGGGGGUUCCUACCACUCACCUGCCUGCACCCAGACCAAACCCUCCACAGGCAGCAGUAGUAAUGCUCUGACCCCCACCCCAGCCAAGUCCCCAGCCUCCCCUCGCCUCUCCCCAGAGAGGAUCAGAGCAGAAAAGAGGAGGAGUCCGUCAACCCAGAAGGGCUCCCCCUUACCCUCCCCCCAGGUGGUGUUUCUGAAGGACAUUGUGUGUUACAUGUCCCUGCUGGAGAGGGGCACACCAGAGGACAAGCUGGAAUUCAUGUUCCGGCUGUACGACACAGAUGGCAAUGGAGUACUGGACAGCUCGGAACUGGACCGCAUCAUCAAUCAGAUGGUCCACGUGGCAGAGUAUCUGGAAUGGGACUCUACAGAGCUGCGACCAAUCCUGAAGGAGAUGAUGGAAGAGAUAGACUAUGACCGAGACGGAACAGUCAUUCUGGAGGAGUGGAUCAGAGGAGGCCUCACCACCAUCCCUCUGCUGGUCCUGCUGGGCAUGGAGACGAAUGUGCAGGAGGAUGGGCAGCAUGUGUGGAAACUAAAGCACUUCAACAAGCCAGCCUACUGUAACUACUGCCACACCAUGCUGCGGGGAGUCCGCAAGCAGGGCCUCUGCUGCUCUAUAUGCAAGUACACAGUCCAUGAACGCUGUGUGUCCAAAGACAUCGCUGCCUGCAUCAGUACCUACGCCAAGUCCCGCAGACACACUAAUGCUAUGCAGCACGUGUGGAUGGAGGGAAACUCUCCUACUAAGUGCGACCGCUGUCACAGAAGUAUCAAGUGCUACCAGGGCUUAACGGGCCUACACUGUGUGUGGUGUCAGAUCACUCUCCAUAAUAAGUGUGCGUCCAACAUGAAGCCGGAAUGUGAUGGAGGAGCCCUUAGAGACCACACUCUACUCCCCUCUUACAUCUGCCCUGUCGUCCUGGACCGUCAUUCUGUUGUGAAGCGGGGUGAAGGGGACUCCCCGCCCAGCACCAGCCCUGAUGACCCGAGUCAGAGCUUCAAAUUUACAGGAGACGGACAAGCACUGCAGAUCACUCCUCUCCCAGGCACACAUCCCCUCCUGGUCCUGGUCAACCCAAAGAGUGGCGGGAGACAGGGAGAGCGGGUAUUGAGAAAGUUCCAGUACCUGCUGAACCCCAGACAGGUGUACAGUCUGGACCGAGAGGGACCCAUGGUGGGGCUCAACUUCUUCCAUGAUGUCCCUGAUUUCCGUGUGCUGGCGUGUGGAGGGGAUGGGACAGUGGGAUGGAUCUUAGACUGCAUUGACAAGGCCAACUUCGCCAGAGAUCCCCCUGUGGCCAUCCUCCCUCUGGGCACAGGGAACGACCUGGCAAGAUGCCUACGCUGGGGCGGAGGUUAUGAAGGAGGUAGUCUGCUGAAGUUCCUGCGGGACAUAGAGCACAGCACAGAGAUGGUUCUGGACAGAUGGAACAUCGACAUCGUCCCUGUUGACAAGGAGGAGAAGGGAGACCCUGUCCCCAACAGCAUCGUCAACAACUACUUCUCCAUCGGAGUGGAUGCGUCCAUCGCUCACCGCUUCCACUUGAUGAGAGAGAAGCACCCAGAGAAAUUCAACAGCAGAAUGAAGAACAAGUUGUGGUACUUUGAGUUUGGCACCACUGAGACCAUCUCUGCCACGUGCAAGAAACUCAACGAGUGUAUCGAAGUCGAGUGUGAUGGUAUCAUCCUGGACCUCAGCAGCACGUCGUUGGAAGGCAUCGCCGUCCUUAACAUACCCAGCAUGCACGGCGGCUCCAACCUGUGGGGCGAGACCAAGAAGAGGAGGAACUACAGCCGCAUGAGCAAGAAGGUUCCAGACAGGAUGCCCGCCAGUACCGUCACCGAUAUAAAGGAGCUCAAGUUCUGUGUUCAGGACCUGAGUGACCAGUUGCUAGAAGUGGUGGGUCUGGAGGGGGCCAUGGAGAUGGGGAAGAUCUACUCAGGCCUGAAGAGUGCUGGCCGCAGACUGGCCCAAUGUGCGAACGUCACCAUCAGGACAUCCCGGCUACUGCCCAUGCAGAUCGAUGGGGAGCCUUGGAUGCAGCCCCCAUGCACGAUCAAGAUCACACAUAAGAACCAGGUUCCCAUGCUACUGGGCCCUCCUCAGAAGACCCCCUUCUUCUUCUUCAAGAGACGCAACAGAAGUCGGGACUAUGAGUGAGGAGGACACUUCAAACUCCCCCCUCUUCACAAACACACACACCGACCCCUCGGGACACCUCAAUAGGUCCCACAGACCAAGUCAUUGCCCCUUGGACCUACAGUACCACUUCAGAAUUAACUGACUUCCUCUCAGUGUAAUGACCACUUCCUGUGUAUCCAUGUUCUAGCUUCUAGAACUUCCUGUGAACUCUGACCCUGCCACUGGCCCACUAGCUCAGUUAACCCCUGCUUCAGACACAGCUUCAGCCCCAGACCCACCAGUACUGCCACACUGCCUUGGCAAAACAAAGUGCCAGCAGCAUAUAGUUCAUCUAGGAUUCUGCCAUGGUCCUCAAAUGGAGGGAUAGAGAGAUGGAGUGAUAAGGAAACACAUAAAGAGAGAAGCAGCAGAAGGGGAAAUGGGAAGAGAAGAGUAGAAGAGAAGAAAGAGCGCAAAAGAGAGAGAGAGCAAGGGAUGGGAUUAUUGAGAUACAGCAGAUGAAAGUAGGAUGGUUGUGUUGUGUGUGUGUGUAAGUUAUCCUCUCUCUUUGAGGAGCCCGUUGAAUAAUGGAUCAGAGCUUGUAGAGUAUUCACUCCAGUGUCUCUCCACGGCACAGAACACUGCACUGCCUGAGAGAUGAAACGGAAAGAGAUCAUCUAUUAUUGACUGCUUCGUUUACGCUUGAAAGUGGCAGCAGGGCAAAACACACAGUAACAAUGGCCUGGGAAGCAUGGGAAACUCAAACUAACAUGCAGGGAUUUUUGCCCCCAAGCAUAUUUGCUCACAACAAACAUAAUAAUAAUAAUAUGCCAUUUAGCAAACGCUUUUAUCCAAAGCGACUUACAGUCAUGCGUGCAUACAUUU